AUGAUGGCUUUUGAAAAUACUAGUAAGAGACCUGCACAGGACAUGGGACUCACUUCAAUCGAACCAAAGAAACGUAAAGUGAAAUUUUCCGAUCAAGUAAUGAUGCAUUCUGCGGAAUCUCAUGGUAUAACCAAUCAUGACGAUUCCGAUGUUUCCAUUGAGAUGUACAAGAAGUUUGUAAGAUCUGCAUUGGACGAGCUAGAAAGUAAAUCCUGCACACAGCUGAGCCUAAUUGCUAACCAGGUUGCACUACCGAAGAAGAGUGAAAACCAAAUUAGCAUUACCAAUCUUGGCGUAUUGCUGGAUGUGCUGUCCGAUAAUAUCAAUAGGAUUGACACAUCACGCGCAUCGCCACUGAUACAAGCUAUCAUAAACUUUGAGAAGUGGUGGGAACUGCCAUCACAGACUCUAGGUAAAUAUAUAUUCUUCAUUAGAGUGCUCUGCUCGAGUAUACCUAAAUGGUGGCAGGACGUAUCAAUGGUACUAAUAUCGGGGUUCCACUUGCCACUUGAAAAGACAGUAAGUCAUCAUGACAUGCUGAGAUACCUCUUAAAGAUGAUUCCCUCUUCGAUGGGGUUCAUUGACAUAUAUAUGCCCAAGCUGUUCCCAAACAACAAUGAUUCCUGUAAAAAGCUGGUCAAUUACAUUUCCAAUUUGCUCAAAUUCACUGGUUAUUGCAAAGAAUUACAAUUUCAGGCAUGGUCAUUAAUUAUCGAGAGAGUUAUUUCCCUAGACGUGGAAUUGCAAAAUGAACUGGACGAAUUGGAUGAUGAUAUUGACGAUGAUGAUUUAAAUGAUGAUGAAGACGAUGAGGAUGAGGAUGAAGAACAGGAUGAUGACCAGGAUAAAGAAAUUGAUGGAAAUGAAACGAAAUAUGACUCUGACGCCUCCGACGACGACGAAGUAAUGGAAGGUCAAGAAGAAUACAACGUCCAAUCUUCACAAAAUAUUAAAGAACUAUCCACUAAGUUGGAUGCUAUACUCACACUCAUAACAGAUUGUCUUGGUGAUAAAGUUACGCCUGAAAGUCUGGAAUCUGGGGAAGGUGUUUCGAUAUUCAACACGAUAACAACGCUGUUCAAAACGCAUGUUCUUCCCACUUAUUUCACAAAGUCAAUUCAAUACAUAAUGUUCCAUAUCUCGCAGCAGCAGAUCGAACUUAUGGAUUCAUUUUUGGUCACACUGAUCGAUAUCUCAUUUUCACCUACAGAAACAGCGGAGACUAGAAUCAAAUCUCUUCAAUAUUUGGGUUCAUACAUCGCAAGGGCAAAAAAGCUUUCUAGAACGCAGAUCAUUUUUGUCGCCAGUUACUUGACCUCUUGGUUGAACCGGUAUGUGCUAGAAAGAGAAGAAGAAGUCGAUCAACCAGGUGGAAUGGAUCGAUUCAAGCAUUUUUACGCUGCAUUCCAGUCGCUCUGCUACAUCUUCUGCUUUAGAUACCAAUUGUUCAGAGACGGAGAUGGAAACUGGGAAUGCGAAUUAGAAAAAUUCUUCCAAAGAAUGGUAAUAUCCAAAUUCAACCCACUGAAAUACUGUAACGAAAAUGUCAUGCUCAUGUUCGCACGCAUAUCUCAACAUGAAGACGUCGCUUACUGCUUCAGCAUAAUUGAGAACAACAAUAACCAACGGCUCAGGGGAAUAAUCGGUAGAGGUGAUACAGAUCGAAAAGGCGCCUAUUCAUCUGCUGCCAUGACUUGGUCUCUCGCUACAAGGCAACAAUUCAUCGAUUUACAAAGUUAUUUCCCAUACGACCCUCUAAUCUUGGAACGCUACAAGAUCAUGAUGAAAGAGUACUACAUCGAGUGGAAUGAAGUGAGUGGGGAGUACGAGAGUGAUGAGUUCGAAGAGUAA